AUGGCACAACGAGUAGGAGGCGAUGCCUCGCCGAAAAGGAACACGUCCCUCAACCUGGUGGCUGGGUUCUACCACUACCUCCGAGAUGAGCAGGAGGCUGUGCAGAAAAGGACAUUCACAAAAUGGAUCAAUUCCCACUUGGCAAAGCGUGUCCCACCUCUGGAGGUGAUAGACCUGUUUGAGGACAUCAAGGACGGUGUUAUGCUGCUGGCCCUACUGGAAAUCCUGUCGGGACAAAAACUGCCCUGUGAGCAGGGUAAGAAGCUAAAAAGGAUCCACUGGGUCGCCAACAUUGGUACAGCUCUUAAGUUCCUUGAAGGUAGAAAGUCUGCCUACAGAGGAUCUCCGAUCAAGUUGGUGAACAUCAACUCCACAGACAUUGUGGAUGGACGGCCAUCAAUUGUACUCGGGCUGGUGUGGACGAUCAUCCUUUAUUUCCAGAUUGAAGAGUUAACCAGUAGUCUGCCAGCACUACAUGCCUUUUCUAGCAGCACCUCAUCACUGGACAGCUCCACCAGCAGCACUGACACCACCAGCCCACCUGUUAAGAGGAAACCUCUGCCUCCUCUGCAGGGUGGAGCCAGAAAGGCCUUGCUGCGAUGGGUUCAGCAGACAGCCACCAAAUCACUUGAGCUCGAGGUGAAGGACUUCGGCCCAAGCUGGCGUACAGGUUUAGCAUUCUUUGCAGUCAUCAAUGCCCUCCGACCUAAUCUAGUUGACAUGGAGCGUGUAUGGAGGAGGCCCAAUCGAGAAAACCUGCAGGAAGCAUUCUCACUGGCAGAGACUGAGUUAGGCAUUCCACAGCUUCUUGAUCCAGAAGAUGUCGACGUAGACAAGCCAGAUGAAAAAUCUGUCAUGACGUAUGUAGCCCAGUUCUUGAAACAUCUCCCUGACAGAAAGCAGAGUGACUUGGAAGGACAACCAGAAGAAGAGCAUGAUCUUGCUCCUCGAGAUAUAGAGGAAAUGUUGGAGAGAGAGCAGCGAAAGAGCCUGAGGGAGCUCAAAAUGUGGCUCGACCAGCUGGAGACAGACGCAUUACAGGCGCAGGAGACUGAGGGCAAUCUUGCUCAACAGUACCAGUUGUUUAAGGGUCUUCAUGUUCAGCUGGAGAUGAGGCGGAAGCAGGUGGAAGGAGCUUUGCAGUCUACUCAGCGGGAUGGGAUUCUGACUGUAGAUCAAGCUCUGGUCAAACAGGCCUGGGACAGGGUUUGUAACAGGCUCCUGGACUGGCAUCUUCAUCUGGACCGGUCACUGCCCGCUCCCCUGAACACAGUCGGUGCAUGGCUGCAUGAAGCUGAAGGAGCCCUGCGACAAGAGAUUAUUGCCCAUCAGGCACAUGAUGUCACAGCAAACACUGUGCACAGAGCUCUGGAGCAACACAAGGAUGUGUUGAAGAGCCUUGAGAGACACCAGCAAGUCUUUCAGAGAAUCCACAAAGACAGAAGUGUUGAUGGCGUCCCGAUUCCCCCUGACCAGCUUCAAGACAUGGCUGAACGGAUGAACUUUAUUUCAACAUCCUCUAGCAUCCAUCUAGCUAGAAUGGAAUUUUUGGAGAACAAACACCACAUGCAGGCCUUCCUCACACUUGCUGAGUCAAAGCUAAAAUCGUGGAUCAUUAAAUAUGGCCAGCGGGAAUCUGUGAAACUGAUGCUCCACAACUACAUUUCGUUUGUGGAGAAGCAACGUUUCUUUGAGAACUAUGAGGCAUUGUUCCAGUCCCUGAAACAGGCUGCAGAGGCCUACGUCAAUGCUGAGAGCUCAGUGGAUGAGGGAGAAAUGGGAGUGCGCAGGUUCAUGCGGGAAGUUGUGACCCAAUGGAGGAGUCUGUCCAUGGAGGUACGGAGUGUGAGGAGCAUGCUGGAGGAGGUGCUGACCAACUGGGAAAGGUACACCUCCACCGUGGCCUCCUUACAGGCCUGGCUGGAAGAUGCAGAGGAAGCUUUGAGUCAGCCAGAAAACACUAAGCGGGAAUUUUUCAGGAAUCUAAGCCACUGGAUGGAUCAGCACACAGCAAUGAAUGAUGCAGGGAAUUUUCUUAUUGAAACAUGUGAUGAGACUGUGUCACUUGAUCUCAAGCAGCAGCUUCUUCUUUUGAAUGGACGAUGGAGAGACCUCUUCCUCAAAGUCAAACAAUAUGCUCAUUCAGAUGAGCUGGAAAAGUGGAGAAAAGACCAUCUGAAGGCUGUGUGGGCGCUGAAAGAGCUGCUGGACUCAGCAGAAGCUAAACUACAUGCUCCUGUUCACGUGUCUUUCCUCAGUGUGAGAGCCUUCCUCCAGGAUGUGGAGAAUAUUAAGCAAAAGGUUGUCACCAUGGAAACACAAUACAAAUUGGCUGCCCGCAGUGCUCAGCUCCUUGCCAAAGAUGCACCACAGGAUGAGGCCACCAGGGUCAUGGCAACAAUGGCAACUACGAAAAGUCAGCUGAGCAAGGUUAGAGAGCGGUGUCCGUCCCUUACAAGGGAGUGCCAUGUUCUUCUGCCACUGUUGGAAGAGUUGGAGAAACACGUCAGCACUUUUUAUCAGGCUCUGGAGCGGGCAGGUCGCAUCACCUCUGCUGCAAGGGAUUCAGACUCUAAGGCUUCAGGCCAGCAUAAACACAAGUGGCAGGAUUUGUUAAACCAGCAGCAAAGUUGUAAGCGGUGUCUGUCAGUGAUUGAGAGGAACCACCAGACUGUGCAGAGAGCCCUCAGCAAUAGUAAGGUGCUGCGAAACUUUGACCUGUCCUUGCUGCAAAAGAGGGUUGUAGAAAUGCAAGGCUCGGCACAGGCUUUGCUGAAGGAGGUGGGAGAGUGGAGAAGACGGGAAGAAGCCAACAACUGCCUGAGGAGAAGGUUUGAGGAAUCAAGGCAUGAGCUGGAGAAAGUGCUGAAAAAGGCUCAGGGCUGUUUGAGAGAGAUUGGAGACGCUGAGGAAUUACUUAAAAAACACACUGACUUCUUUGGCCAACUGGACCAGCGGGUGCUGAGCGUGUUCUUGAAAGCAUGUGACGAGCUGACGGACAUUCUACCUCAGGAGGAGCAACAUGCGCUUCAAGAAACUGUCCGUAGGCUGCACAAACACUGGAAGGAUCUCCAGACUGAGGUCCCAUCUCAUCUGCUUCGCUUGAAGGUGGAAGCGGAGAGAAAUCGAGUGGCCACAGUUCUUCGAGAAUGCAGAGUAGAGCUGGACAGAGAAAUACAAGCCCUGUCAGGCACCUGCACUAGUGAGCGGGUGAUCAAAGAGCACAGAACUUUCUUCAAGGAGCGUAAACCUCUAACAUCAUGUGAGAAGAGGAUAAGAAACAUGGAGGAUCUGUGUCAUAAAUUGCCUGACAACGACCCCGCUAAUCGGACGCUUGACUCUACUAGACAGGCUGUCAAAGAGGUCACAGAGCAAAUAAAGAGCAUCCACCUCAAACUAGAGCAACACCCUGACAAAUGGAAAGAAUGGAAUGAGAGGUUCUGUGACCUCUCUGAUUGGCUCUCCUCUCAGAGAAGGCAUGUGAGGCUCUUGAGAGAGACAGCAAUGAAUUCCUGUCACCAGGAGCAGGUUGAGGCUGCUGUUCAGGCACUGCAGCAAGCAGUAGAGACAAGAGAAGAGACCCUAGUGUGGCUAAAAAGCCGGCUUGCUCAGCUAUCUGAUGUUAGCUCUGACCUGGAAGUCCAGAGACAGAGAGUAGCCCUGGCCAAACUUUCAACUGACCUGCGGGCAGUCUUAUCUUCACUCUGUCAGUUGGGCGAAGAGGGUUCUGCGAUGUUUCAGUAUGAGGAGUUGAGAGAUGAAGUGCAUGGCGCUCUGGAGGAGAUUCUGAGGGCUCGUAAAGAGGCUGAGGAGCAGACCAGCAGGGUUCUGAAUGCUCAGGGUCUGGAGGAGGCCAAACAACUCUACCUCAUUCACCAGCAACACCUAAAACGGCUGCAUGCUAACAGGAGAGAGGCAGAGCUCUUGGUGUCCCACUGCCGGCAGCUGCAGACCGGUGAAGUGCUCAAUCAGCCUCUGCGUGAGCUGGAGGGAGCGUUCAGUGAAGCUGACCACAAAUUGGGGGCAAAAGAGCACGACCUGCAGGCAACUCUGAGCUCUUGGCAAAACUUCGAGACCGAAAGAGAAAUCAUUUGGAGGUUUAUAAGCAAUGCUAACAUGGAACUGAACAGAGAGCUUAUUUUCAAUAACUUGGACAGCAUGAGGAGUGUACUGGAGUCUAACAAGGAGCUUUUUUCAGAGUUUGAGGAGUAUUCUGUUCGAGCAGAUCUCUUGUUGGAGAGGGCAGCAGAUAUUCAACUCGGUGCAAAAAAUCAAGAUCUCCUUCUACAGCAGGCUCUGUCCACCAGGGAAGCAGUUUCACAGCUUCAACAACACCUCAAAGAGAAUUCUUCCCAGCUAGAGAGGAUGUGUGCACGAUGGGAGCACCUCACCAGUGAAUCAGAGGCCUUGUCUCUGUGGAUCAAUGAGAAAGAGAAGGAGCUGGAGGCUGUCAGCUGCAUCCCCUCUUUAGAUCCUUUAGACAAGCACAUCAGCACUGUAGAGAUCAUUGGUGAAGAGCUAGAGGAGAAAAGCUUGGUUCUAGGAAACAUGGAGGCUGACUGCGAAGCCUUUUCAAAGUUUGUGACCCCCGGAGAGGCCGGACGUAUCCGGGCUCAAUUCGCCCACACAAGGCGAUGCUAUGAUGAACUCAAAGAGAGAAUAGAGCAGCUUGGCAUUCAGCUAAAUCAGAGCGCCUUGUACAGACAGAGAUGCAAUGAGAACCUUAAACAGGUCAAGAAAACAGUGAGUGAUCUCAAAGAUAAACUCGAGUGUCAAACCACUUAUUGUGCAUCAUCAUCAGAAACCUAUAAACUCCUCCAGGAUCAUACGGAGGUUUGCCAGGAUGUUGAGCAGCUGAAGCCCAGACUGAUGGCUCUGUUUUCGGCUAUGAAGAGGCUUGGAGGGGGCAGCCAGUUGGAAGAGGAGGUGGAUGACCUCCAGAAACAACAAAGGCAGUUGAUGGCAAAGGCUUCCGAAAAGCAGUCGACUUUGGAGAGCCUUCUUGCUCUGUGGCAAAGAUAUGAGAAGGAGCAUUUCUCCUUGAAAGUAUGGCUGGACAGGUGCGAAUCUGUGUGCUGCACAGACACCGAUCUGCUUUCUGUAGAUAAAGUCAGGCUUAGGAAUGAACUACAAAAUGUACAGGAAAUGCAGCAGGAGACACCAUCUUACGAGGCUCUCCUUCAGGGACUUGUGAAUCUCAGGUUUUGUCUGAACCCCACAGCCCCUGAGGCUUAUAUCAAAGAGCUCAAUGAUGAUCUCAUUCAACUUCAGCAACGAUGCAAUUCUGUGAAAUCCAGCAUAUCACAUAGAUGUAAGCUGCUGGAGUUCCACUUGGAGCAGUUGGAGCAGUUUGAUCAGGCUCUGCUGACUGUGACACAAAGGAGUGAAAACUUCCUUUCUAGCCUGAGAAGCUCUUCUCAGGUUGAUAUUUCAGAUCUUGAUGCUGCAAUCACUAAGUUAAAGGAGCAUAAUACACUACAGGAAAACGAAUCUCUGAGAGAGGCUCUCCAUCAAAGCGAGUCUUUGCUGCUUUGCCGUUGCACUUUUGAGGCCCAACAGCAGCUCCAGGGCUGGAGGGAGGACUGUUUGCAACCCCUUAGUGAAUCUCAGCGUCUCCUGUUUGUCCGUGAAGACUGUCUGACUGAGUUAAAGGCUUUUCUUGAGAAGCACAAAGCAGCAGCUAAGACCGUGCGCCGCCUUCGUGAAGCAGUGGAGGGCAGGGGAAGCUGGGACCACUCCAAAGCUGAAGAACUGCAUUGUGGGAUUGUGGAAGUAGCCAAAGAUGUUGCUCGACUUGAGGCCGAGGCGGUUGGGUUAGAUGGGCAGCUAAGCAAGGCACACCUGCAUCUGAUGGGAGCAGAGUGGAGGGGCUCAGCAGACGUCAGUCACACUCAGGGAAGAACAUCUUGCAGAGGACAAGCCGUGGCCCUCACAAUGGCUCUGGAGGAGGUACAGAGGGGUGUUGGGUGGAGACAAAGUGAAGCGGAUGCUCUUGCGGCGCUGUGGUGCUCAUUCAGGGAGAGAAAGGAGGAGGUUAUGAAGAACUUGAAGAAACUCGAGGAUGAUGCGAAGCAGGAGGAAUCUCAAGAGUGCUCUGUGCAGGCAUUCCAAAACAGACUCCGUUUCUUUGUCCAGCUGGAGGAUGAGCUCCAAUCCCUGCAUCACUCUCAGCAAUGGUUGGAAGAGAAGGGAAACCAGCUGGCCCAGAGAGAUGGUGAGCUGGCAGGAGAAGCUCUCAGGGAGGUCACACUGGUGAAGACAGCCUGGGAAAAUGUGAAAAUGAUAAUAACCAACAGUCAGGAACAGAGUGGAGUUGUGGUGGAUCUUCUCCGCUUGUUUCUCCACCUGAAGUCAAUCCUAAACACUGUUUUGGAGAAUGCUCAAGCUGUUGCUCACAACCUGCCAGACCAUAACCAUAAUGCUCAGGAGGCAAAAUUGACUUUCACAAGACACGAGACCAUCCAAACAGAGCUUAGAGAAAAACAGGAGGACAUGGACCAGCUCAUCUGCACAGUUGAGGAUUUGCAGAGAGAACUGGAAAAGGUUCCUAACUGUGAUAGCUGUUGCAUCCAAAAAGACAUGGAGACUCUCAGAGACCAGUGGCUGGUGGUCUCAGAAAAAAUACAAACAAACGCAGAGAGACUUGGCUACUGUGUUGCAUUGUGGGAUGACCUCAAGGCCAUGGAGCAGGAUAUCAACCAUUGGACGGCAACCUCAAUCUCUGACCUCACUGACGCUGUCGCCAUUCUUGACGAGAAGGAGCCGGCGGAGGCCCAUCUUGCUGCCUUUCAGGCUGAGGUGGAAAAGAGAGAGCAGAUGCUAGAUGCUGUGCAGGAGAGAGUGGGAGAACUGAAGGAGCGAGCCAAACUGCAGGAAACGCCGAUACAAAUGCAGGUCCUCGAGUCCGAUCUGAGGAAGAAAAUGUUCCAUGCGCAGGAGGUGUACAAUCAGGCCAAACACACUUUGACCUACUUCAACUUCCAGAAACAGCGACUGGAGGACCUCAUGUCUCAGAUGACAGAGCGGCUGGAGACAGUUGAGGGUUCUUUAUCAGACCUCACAGAAGCAACAUCCCUUGAUGACAUUUUUACAGUAAAGGUAUUACUGAGACUUUCUAUGGGUCUGCAGAGUGUUGUGCAGAAACAGAGGGCAGACAUGGACUCGGCUAGGGAGGCCCUGACUUCCCUUUGCAGAUCGCAUCCCUCUCAGGAGUUGUCCCGGCUCUCGUCUGAUCUCACCUCCAUUGCUAAGCGAACAGAGUCUGUUGCUCAACGCUGUGCAAAGACCAGGGGCACCCUCCAGGAAGGGUUACAGUUACAUUUCAACGUGCUUUACCAAGACUUCAAAUCCUGGCUGACGGAUCUAAAGUUGAGGCUGAAAGACUGUUUUAACCAAUCAGGAGAUGUUACUGUCCUUGGAGCCAAGUUGCAAAGACUUAAGUUGUCACUUGAGCAGACGUCAGAGGGUGAAAAGCGUCUCUCCCAGGUUUGCAAGGAGGCUGAGAGGCUCCAGCUGCACCUAAGCAAAUCUGGAGCAGCACAGGUCCAAGAAAAUCUAUCCUCCUGUCAGAGAGAGUGGAAAAACUACCUUGACAUCUGUGCUCAAAACCAACAGGACUUGCAAGAUAGCAUUAACCUCUUGAAAAAUUUUGAUGACUGUGUGGAGGGCAUAAGAGACUGGCUGAGGCAGAUGGAUGUCAGACUCAAAAGCGAGCCUUGUCUUGGUACAGAUAGCCAACAAGAAUCACCAGACACCACAGAGGAGCUGGAAAAAAUGAAAAACCUCAAUAAAGAUCUGAUCUCAAGAAGGGAGUCUGUUGAGCGUCUCUGUCAGGAGGCCCAGGCUCUCUCUGAAUCUGGUCGGGGGUCAGGAGGGGAGGUCAGAGUAACAGGCCAACUACAGAUGGAGUAUCAGGCCUUACUGAAGGCUGCCAGGGAGAGGCUGCGAGGUUGCCAGGAGACCCAAGCCUUUGGAGACACCCUCCAGGGAGUUUGGGCUUGGCUGGAGGAGAUCCAGGAGAGACUGGGCACAGUUGACAGCACGAUGGGAACCAAAGAGCAGUUAGAGCAGAGACUGGAGACUGUGCAGCCAAUUCUCAGAGACCCAACUCUGUUUGCACAGGACAUCCUGCUUUUGAAGGGAGAAGGGGAGGUCAAACUGAAUAUGGCGAUGGGUAAGGGUGAACUGGCCCUACGUAGCUAUGGAGCUGCUGGACAGGAAGUGGUCCGCUCUCAGCUCCAGGAAGUCGAGGAUGCAUGGGCCACACUACUUGUUACUGCCAUGAGCUGUCACAGUCGAUUAGAGUGGACGGUGUCUCAGUGGGGAGGAUAUCUGGAGACAGCUACACAGCUUCAGGGUUGGAUGGAGACUGUCAAGCGGGAGGUAUGUGCUCCCCUUACACCACAGCCAGGACCCAGAGAAAAGGCCUCCCAACUGGAAAGACUUAGAGCCUUGCUGACUGACAUGGAAGAUCACCAGAUGGCACUUUCCAGCCUGGAAGAAAAAGCAAGAGAACUAUUCAAGAAGACUGGUGAUGUGAGCUUUAACCAUGGCGCUCGCACUCAGUUACAAUUGCAGUUCGAUGACCUUACAGCUUUGGUGGAGGAGAGAGUGCGUCUGGCACAGGCGGUGGUGUUGGCGCAUCAGAACUACCUGGAGUCUGUUCGAGAGCUCACUGACUGGCUGAUGACUGCCGGAGAGGAGCUACAGCAUUGGUCCGACACGUCAGGAGACUCUACAUCCAUCAAAAAGAAACUGUCAGACGUGAGGGAGCGCGUGGAGUGUCGUCUCCUGGAAGGCCGAGACCGCCUGAGCCGGGUUCGUCGCAGCGCUGCCCUCACAGCGGAGCACACAGCAGCAGGCGGCUGUGAGGCCAUGGACCGACAAUUGGGGGCACUGUCACAUGCUCUGGAGCAAUGGGAGGGGGCGGCUCUGCGGGCCCGCGACGGCCUGGAGGGGGCCCUUGCUGCUGCUGCAGCUUCAGAGGAGGAAUACGGCCGUCUGACAGCCCGUCUGGAGGAUGAGCUAAAGGAGUUCGAUGCACUUCUCAGAGGGUGGAAUCAGGAGUUGAUUAAAGCUGAAGGACGCAGCAACGGCGAGGAGGCAGUGGAAGGAUGGCAGCUGGCUAAGGAUAUUUUAGAGGGCUUGCAGAGCGCUGAGCCGAUGGCAGAGAAGUUGAAAAGCCAACUGAAUGACCUGGUGCGAUACUCCAGAGACCUUGGCUCUCAGUCAGAACGGGUCACUGCGCUUAUAAAACAGCACAACAGUCUUAGUCUCCGCGCGUCCAGGGAGUGUCAAAAUAAGGAGCGUUUAUUGGAGCAGAGGUUCCGUGCAGCUCUGAGGGACUUCCAGCAGUGGCUGGUCAAUGCCAAAAUCAGUACCGCCAAAUGCUUUGAUGUACCACAGACUGUCUCUGAGGCUUCCACAGCUCUGCUGAGAAUCCAAGAGUUCUUGAGUGACAGGGAGAAUGGCCAGGCCAGGCUGAGUACAGUAGGAGCCAGUGGGGAGCUGCUGAUGGCUGUCGUAUCCAAAGACAGAGUGGAGGGAAUCAACGCCAAGGUGGUAAACGCCAGGGAGGACUGGAAGACCCUGAUGAAUAACCUGCAAAUGAGAGAAGAUGCACUCAAAAGUCUGCAGUCCCAAAUGACAGAGUUUGAGGCCAGUGCUGAGCCUCUACAGGACUGGCUCAAUACCACGGAGGUCAGAGUUCAGGAGAGCAGCAUUCGUCUACAUGACCUUCCAGCCAAGAAACAGGAGCUGAGUAAAUUACAGUCUGUACUGAAGGAGAUGGCCAUUCGAGAGGUAGAGCUGGGCAGGCUGAGGGAAAGAGCUCAUCGUCUCUGGGAGGGUCAAGCAGCCGGAAAGGGUUUCGUCCACAGAGUAUCUCAGCUGUCAGCACAGUUCUUAGCCCUCAGCAACUUAACCAAGGACAAGGCUUCAAGGAUUGAGCGGAUUGUCGGGGAACACAGACUCUUCUCUCAAGGACUUAAAGAGCUUCAAGACUGGGUGUGUGAGGCACAGAGGAUCAUCAACACCUGCACCUCCACCACCACAGACAAAGGCGUGUUGGAGGAUCGCAUGUUACAGCUGGAAGCUUUGCUGGCUGCCCGUCAGGAGAGGGAGAUCCAGCUUAAAAUGCUGCUGACCCGAGGAGAGGCAGUUCAGAGGAAUACCUCAGCUGAAGGGGUCCCAGUGAUCCGCAAACAGAUUCAAGACCUCAAAGACUCUUGGGACUCAUUGCUCUCUGCUUCAAUCCAGUGUAAAAGUCAGUUAGAAGGUGCCCUGUCGCAGUGGACCAGCUAUCAGGAGGACGUGGGGCAGUUUGUACAGUGGAUGGACCAUGUUGAAGAAUCACUCAGCUGCUCAGAGAGACAGUACUCUGAGAUGAGAGACAAGACUGCUAACCUGGGCAAGACGAAGCUUCUCUAUGAGGAAGUCUUAAGCCACAGCAGCCCUCUGGAGACCAUUGCCACGAAGGGUUCCAACAUGGCUGAACACUGCGCAACCCAGCAGGAGGUGCAGCAGCUGCAGUGUAGAUAUAACUCCCUCAAAGAAAAAGCAAAGAAUGCAGUUAGUAAGGCAAAGGAGCUGGUUUUGGUUCAUCAGGAGUAUCAAAGAGGGCUACAUGUGUUUGAAGACUGGCUGGAGCAGGAACAGGCGUCUCUGGCAUUGUUGUCUCAUCCAGAAGGAAACGUGGACACCCUUGAAAAAACACUGCAGCAGCUACAGUGCCUGCAAGAACACUGCUCAGAUGGGCAGUCAUUGCUGGCUUCAGUGCUGGCCAGCAGAGAAAGGGUAAUUCCUUGGGGUAUACCUCAGAUUGAGGAUCGAGCCCUGGACACUGCUCAGCGAGAAUGGGCGGCCCACCAGAGUCGCCUGGAGGAGACUCAGGCUCAGCUGCAUUCCACUCUGACCCGCCUGAGGCAGAUGGGUCACAGGUUCCUGAAGCUGGCUCAGUGGUUGGAGGACAUGGAGAAAGUUGUUAACAUCAGAAAUAAUCGGCGGUCAGACAGAAGCACCAAGCAGACCCAGCUGAAGAAACUCCAGGGAGAUCUGGAGGCAGUGCUCGCUCGGCAGGGAGAAGUAGAUGGCCUCUCAUCUUUGGCUCAGCAGGUUCUAGAGGAAACCUACAUCAGCAGUCGUGUCAGUGUUACUGCCACCCAGCUGACUGCUCGCUACCAUUCACUGCUGCUCAAUAUACAGGACACCAUCAAGCAGCUGCAGGAGGAGCUGAGGAGCAUUGAUGAGGCAGAAAACCUUUGCAUGUCAUUCACCGAGUGGCUCAGCUCAACUCAGAAAAGCUUCACAACUUUAAUUGACCAUUCGGAAUCUCUGGACCGUGUUGCCAUGGAGAGGAAGAUGAAGAAACUUGAGUCUCUGCAGUCUGAGCUUCAGCAUGGUCACAGUUUCCUGAAGUCUCUGAGGGAGCGUGCCGAGCAGGCAGCAGGCUUCCUGAAUGAAGCUGCUGCUGAGAGUCUUGGAGGAGAGGUGGAAGCACGUCUUUCCCAGCUGGAGGAGCUUGCUGGGGGGCUUAGGCAAGAACGCAGCUUCCUGGAGCGUGCCUUACUGCUUGCUAGGGAGUUCCAGGACCGGUACAAGGCCCAAGCUCAAUGGCUUGUUGAGACCAAAGCAUUGCUCAGCACUCCAGUCGAGCUCAAAGCUGAUCUGUACCAACGCAGAGCACAGCUGGCCAAAUAUAAGGCUAUUCUGCAGAUGAUUCAGUCCCAUGAUGGAUCAAUUAGAUCUGUGAUGGAGAAGGGAGAUGCUCUGCUUGCUUCUAUCCACUAUCCCUCAAUGAGAGACAAAAUGCACAUACUACAAAAGGACUACUCAGGCCUCUGUAAUACUGCAGUGGCUCACGUUGAGAAUCUGGAAGGCCAAGUGAAGGAACAGGAAGCUUACCACAAUGAACUCCAGGAAGUGGAGCGCUGGCUGCUGCAGAUGUCCAGCAGGAUGGUUACUCCUGAUCCAAGCGUGAGCGGUAGCCUGGAGGCAGCAACUCAACAGCUGGCUAGGCACAAGGCUAUCAUGGAGGAAAUUGCGGGCUUUGAAGAGCGUUUAGCAGCCCUGAAAGAACAAGGAGACCACCUGGUACAAGGCUGCAGCGACCGCGUGCAGAGCAGGCUCAGACAGCAGGUCCAGGCACACCAGCAAGGCACCAGAGACAGCUACUCUGCCAUCUGUAGCACAGCGCAGAGGGUGUAUCAGAGUCUUGACCACGAGUUGCAGAGACAUGUGAGUCUGCACGACACUCUGCAGCAGUGCCAGACCUGGCUGAAAUCUGUUUCAGAUGAGCCAGAGCCUCAAACACAUCCUUCUAUGAGCCUUGAAGAAGCUCUGCAUAAGGUAAAGCAGGAGCGAGCUCUCCAGGAGCAGGCCAGCACCUACCUCCAGCUUGUGUGUUCAGCUUAUGACUUGUCAGAGCCGAGGGUCAGAGAGACUGCAGCCGCUAUCCAGCAGGUCAAACUACAGAUUGAGGAGCGAAUGCUUCUUUGUGAGGAGGUGGCUGACAGCUGGAGAGACAUUGAAGAGCAGAAGGCAGAUUUGGAGACUCAGCUGAGGGAAACAGAACAGCAGCUUCAGAACCUGACCAGAAGACCUGCAGAGUUGGAGCCCAAGAUUGCACAGAACCAGCUGGACAAGGCUCAGGAAUUUCUCCAACAAAUUAGGGAGAGGCAAACUGAAGCAAGUCGUUUGACUGAAGCCAUCAGCAGGUUGACAGAUGGACAGGUCUCUCCUGCCCUGGACGAGGCAAGAAGACUGAAAAGAGGCUGGAUAGACCUGGGCCAGCGGGCUGAAGAACUGGAAGCUCAGCGAGGGGAGGACAUGCAAAGAAGUGGAGAAUACCAGGAGAGCGUAGUUGCUGUGGAAGAGCUCUUCCACCAAGUAUCCAGGGAAUGGGACUACCUUGCCAGAGCUGACACAGAGAGUACAAGUGAGCAUUUAGAGGCUCUGAGAAAGCUUGCCAGUGAUCUGGAGGAGCAGAAGGAAACUCUAGAAGACCUCAGGGACCAGAGACAAGCCAUCCUGUCCAGACUUAGUCUGUUAGACAAGGAGCUGGUCAAACAACAGGUGGGUCACCUGGAGCAGCGAUGGGCCCAACUAGAAUCUCUUAUUGUGCAAAAAAUCCAGGACUCUGCUCAGACACUUGAGGAUCUCUCCCGGGUUGAGAGACAGCUGAGGGAUGCCAGAGAAUGGGUGGAGGAACAACGGCCAGCUCUCACCUCUGCACUGAAAACCAGCCCGCCCCCAGAUCUGGCCCAGAGUUUUCUGUUUGACCACCUGACUGUAUGCGUGGAGCUAGAGGCCCGUCAGCAGCUGCUCGGUCAGGCUGUGAGUGAGGCUCAGGGGGUGGCCUCCAGGCUGGGGCUGAGUGAGAAAAGAUGUUUACAGGAGCUUGUUGAACAAGCCCAGAUGGAAGUGGAGGCUCUGGGGGCUCGCGUGGCUCAAAGGAGAAAAUACCUCAGCAAGGCCUUCACAGAGCGGACACAGUUUCUGCAAGGCCUGGGGAGAGCUUUGUCAUGGGUGCAGCAGCAGGAGAGGAAGGCCUUGAUAGAUGACCGCAUAGCGCUCCUUCCGGAGGACCUGGCCAAACAGGUCGUUGCAUGUCGUGGUGUCCAGAGCAGCUUACGAGCUUACCAGAGGGAGUUGGCCUCCCUCUGGGUGCAAGGGCGAGAGUUGGAGCGAGACGCCACAGACAAGGAGCGAGCGGAAACGCUGGCAAGACUCGAGGAGCUGCAGACGGCCUUUGAGACUGCCCUCCAGAGGACCACCCAGCGUCUCACAGCUUUAGAGAAAGCACUGACCUCCAGGAAGUACUUCCAGGUUGACCUGGACAAGACUUGCCACUGGUUGAGACAAGCAGAUGCUCUAACAUUCCCUGAAAUUGAUUUCAGUGGUGUUGACGAGUGCUCAGAUCUGCAAACACAACUUUCCAACUUUCAAAGUGUGUUAGAACAAGCCUCAGAAUAUGAGAACCUCCUUCUUAUUGUUCAAAGAAUAGGCCAGGAGAUUCUCCCCACUCUGAACGAAAUCGACCAUUGCUACCUAGAUGAGCGCCUCAAUGCCCUGCCUCAGCAGUACAAUACCAUCUUAGCUCUUGCCAAAGAGAAAAAAGACAGAGUUCAACAGAUUAUCUCAGAGAGAAAGGAGUUUGGCACUUUCUUUGAUAUUACUCGCAAUGCACUGGAAGAGCUUAAAGAGCAAUUUGACAAUCUAGAGAAGCAGACUAUCAGUAUAAGAGAGGAAGAAAUUGUGAGUUUGAUAAGUGAAUGCAGAAGUAUAGAGGAAAGUUUGAUUCACAUCAGUCCGGCUGUUAGAGAACUUCAUGGGAAAAGUGAAGGGUUUCUCAGCAGAGGUCAACAAUACAGAGCUGAGGAGACACAGCAGCUGGUUAGUCUCCACAACACGCUGAAGACGAGAAAUACUCAGAGGAUUAAACACCUAAACAGCUGCCUGAAAACACUAGGUGAACAUAACAGGGUGUUAUCCAUUGUAGAUUUAGAGUUAAAGUCUGCAAAGGAUAUGCUGCUUAGACUUGACCGGACAGACGAAAAUGCUUUUGAUAAAGUCACAAGUCUGUAUUCAAUGCUGGAAAGUCUCGGUGGAGCAAAAUCUCAGGUUGAAGAAUGCGAGCGGCAGACUAAAAACCUUGGUCUAAAGUUUGAUGCCGCUGCCUUUCAGGAAACUACACAGGGGCUUCAGUCACUGCAGUCUCUGCAGAGUGACAUCAGGUCGUGUGUUGAGCAGAGUGAAACAGCAGUUACAGGGGAUGAAGAUUUUACAAGAGAGACGGAGAGGAUGUUGCACUGGUUGAUUGACAUGAAGGACAAAUUGAAAGAACCCUCAAACUUUUCCGAGGUGAAACCUGAGCGGAUACAUGAAGAGAUGCGGAAAAUAAAAAUCUUGGAAGAGGAGGUGAAAAGUAAAUUGAAGGUGAUUGAUGUCAUAUGUAUCAGAGAGAAGCAAAAGUAUGAAAAUUGCAAAGAAGGAAUUCCUGCAAAAAUAGAAGAAAAACUACAAAAGUUAUUAAAGCUGGGAGCUGAAGUUCAGGAAGAAAUUAGUGCAAAACAGCUGGCUGUGGAUAAAGCUCUUUCCCUGGUCCAGAGCUACCACUUAUCUCUACAGUCCAUGCAGAAAUGGCUGGACUCUGCUGCGGCUUUGCUCCACGGGGCCACCUCGGGGGUGGAGCUCGACAACUGCACAAGCUGUUUGCAAGAUAUAGAAGAAACUGCAGCCCAGGAGAGUAACUUUACAGCUGGUGUAGAGGAGCUGAGGACUUUGGAUCUUCUGUUGAUGGAUUUUGUGGAGCAAAGAGUGAUGAAUGGGCUCCGAGAAAAAGUUCAGGCAAUGCAGCUGAGGAAGAUGGAGGUCAAACAGCAAGUGGAAGCAUACAGAGAGGUGCUGCAGAGGUGUGGUGCUCUGUGGAGCUCCUUUCAAUAUGAGAAAGAGAUGCUGAUUGAACAGAUGAAUGAUUCAGAGAGCACGAUGGCCAUGUUUACCACAGCGAAAGCCAUCAGUUUCCACAAAGCUGAGGACAAGUGUCAGAGACACAAGUCUCUGGUGGCUCACAUUGACAUGCUGGAGCUGCCUCUGAAUGCCUUGAAAGAGAAUGUAACAGAGUUGGAGGGAAUCAUCUCUGAAUCAGGCAAAGCUGUCACCAGUCAUGCCGUGUCGUCGCUGUGGCAACGCUGGAACAGACUCCGCAGCGUAGCCCGAGCCCAGGAGAGGGCACUGGAAGACACUGCCAGGGAGUGGAGGAACUUUAUUGAGAAGAUGGAGAAGGUGCGCUCUGUGUCCAAAGACCUCCACAGUCGUGUCCCAGACAGCACAGUGGAGAAAGCAGCCACCAGGGCGGCACUACAGUGCCUCCUGGAGUAUCAUGACUCCUUCAGCCAGGAGGUGGAGCGGGAGCAGUCCAUACUGGCCCUCCUGGGGCAUCAAACUCACAGUCUCAGAGGGAAGGACAAGAGGGAAGAGGUAAUGGAGAACAAAACAGAGAAUGGACACGAGGAGACGGCAUGCCUUCAAGAGAUCAGAGGCAUGCAGGAGCAAUAUGAGAGCUUGUUGUUGCAGGUGAGGGCCAGCAGGGCUCAAGUACAUCAGGAGCUAAGGGAGAGAGAGGAGGUUGAGAAGGAGUUGGGUCUAGUCAAAGGCUGGAUUCAAGACACUCGUGGCUUACUGUUGAGUCCAACUACAGACCUGGAUUCACUGCUGCAGGAGCUAGAGACUGCCCACGGUGAGGUCAUCAGCAGGCGGCAGAGUGUGGAGCGCAUGACAGAGCUGCAGCAGUCCAAGUAUCAGGAUCUUCAAGCAGGUCUGCCCUCUGAGCUCAGCAUGCAGUUAGCUGAGGUGACUCUGGCUUUGGGCUCCGCUGAAGAUCAGGUGCAGGCGCGGGAACGGGAAGUGCAACAGACCAGAGAUGUGAAAGAGGACUUCAGCUCCAGACUUCAGGACAUCGAGGCCAAGCUGAAGACCAUCGCUGUGAAAUUGGAAGAGAAGGGGUCCGACCUGCAGAAGGCCAAAGAAGAGACCAAAGGUCUUUGUGAGGAGUGUGAAGCUUGUGGCGGCUCUCUGGUGGAGCUGGCAGUAGCUGUGCAGGAGUUUGGAGAGCAAAACCCACUGCUGUGUAAACAGCUGGGGGAUGCUGUCGCUAAACUGAUGGAGGUGCAGCGCCACACCACACAGCAGACUCAGGACAAAGUAAACAGACUAAAGAAGGCAGAGAGACAAGUUGAAGAGUAUCAAAGUAUGAAGGCAUUCAUUUUGGGCUGGAUAGAAAGAGCGGAGGCUCUGAUCACUGGUAGUAUCAUCUGGAACUCUGCGUCCCAGCUACAGGAGCAAAUUCGAGCACACCAGGCAUUGCUGCGGGAGAGCAGAGGUCUCCAUGGUGACUUGGAGGCCAUGGGAGAGAGGGAGAGGCAACUUGCAGAUGUGUUGCAGGCAGAAGGAUGGAGCCAGCAGGUCAAACACCUCAGCAGACUAACAGAAGAGCUGCAGCAGUCUGCCAAGACUCGCUUUCAGAGUCUUCAGGAUGCAGCUAAGGACAUGUUACAUCUUGAGGCAGAAGUAAAGAGCCUCCAUGCUGCUGUUGAUCAGAUCCAGGUCACGCUAUCUUCCCCUGAUCUGAACAAGCUCAGUCUGAGGGAGCAGCUAACACAAAGACAGCAUCUGCUGGUGGAAAUGGAGGGCUUUAAACAGCAGGUGACUGCAGUACAGCAAUGUCAGAGCGCCCUCAGGCUACCAGAGGAAGUAGUGGCCAGUCUGCCGAUCUGCCGCACAGCUCAGUCUCUGCAGCAUGAGGCCAGCCAACUGCAGCACACCACCAUACAGCAGUGCAACAUUUUGCAGGAGGCUGUGGUGCAGUAUGAACAGUAUGAACAAGAAGUGAAAAACCUCCAGAGAUUAAUCGAAGAUGCCCAUCGCAUCAUUCAGGACCGACCUGUCUCCACCAACAACAUACAGGAACUUCAGGCUCAGAUACACCACCAUGAGGAGCUGGCCCAAAAGAUCCGUGGCUACCAGGAGCAGAUCGCCUCACUCCACUCCAAGUGUAAGAUGCUGACAGUAAAGGCCAAACACGCCACCAUGCUGCUGACGGUCAGCGAGGUGGAGGGCCUAUCAGAUGGCAUGGAUGAACUAAGUGAUGAGGAGCUGCCCGGUGCUAUGGCAAACGCCAACUCUGCUGCCAACAAGCAACUUCCAGCACACCCAUCUGUCGUCAUGAUGACAGCCGGCCGCUGCCACACACUCCUCUCCCCUGUGACAGAGGAGUCAGGGGAGGAGGGCACCAACAGUGAGGUUUCCUCUCCCCCUGCCUGCCGCUCCCCCUCUCCGGGGGCUAAUGCUGACACUCCUCUUAACCAGGGCCGAGGUACACUAAGUCGAGCACCCCUCCAGGAAUUGUACGACCCAUCGAUGGAAACCAGUGCUGCUAAUUUGGAUGACCUGCAGAGAUCUUGGGAGACACUAAAGAACGUGAUCAGUGAGAAGCAGAAGAGCCUAUAUGAAGCCCUGGAGCGGCAGCAGCAUUAUCAAGAGUCCCUCCAGUCCAUUUCCACCAAGAUGGAGUCCAUAGAGGGGAUACUUAAUGAGAGCCUGGAGCCCAACAAGACCCCGGAGAGUCAGAUGGCUGCACACCAGGCUCUGAUGGAUGAGAUCUUGAUGCUGCAGGAUGAAAUUGCUGAGCUACAGAUGUGUUUCUCUGAGGAGCUGACAGACCAUGACAGUGAUGGCGAGGCUGGCGAUCAGCUGGCCCUUCAGUCUACUCUCACUGUACUAGGAGAGAGGAUGGCCACAAUCCGCAUGAAGGCAUCUGGGAAACGCCAGCUACUGGAGGAGAAACUAAGUGAGCAGCUAGAAGAGCAGCGACAGGAGCAGGCGCUGCACCGCUACCACUGUGAAGCAGAGGAGCUCGACCACUGGCUGCUGAGCACUCGUGCCACCCUCAGCUCUGCUCUUCAGCCUCAAAAUGAAGACAUGGACAUGGAGGAGCAGCUUAUAGACUGUCAGAACAUGCUGUUUGAGAUCGAGCAGAAGGUGUCGUACCUGUCAGAGUUAUCCGUCCACAGCGAAAGUUUGCUGUUGGAGGGUCGAGCUGAGACCAAGGAAGAGGCGGAGCAGCUCACGCUCAAACUGCACUCCCUUAAAGACAGCCUACUGGAGCUGCAGCAGAUGCUGCAGGACAAACAGGUUGACAUACAGGGCUCACUACAGGAGCAGGAGGACAGUGAUCUAGACUCAACUCUGUCUCAGAGUCCUAAUCUCCAGGAUUGGCUAUCUCAAGCCCGUUCAACACGCACACAGAAGCACCACGACAACCAGCUUCGACAGAAGGAGCUGCAGGAGCAAGUGGCUAAACAGAGGAAGCUGCUCCGCUCUGUAGCCAGUGUUGGGGAGGAGUUAUUCAGCCAUAGCUCACCAAACGGGGACAGUGAGGUGUCCAUCCCUGGUGGAGUGCUGCUGGAGUCUGAGACCAUGUCUACUCAGGAUCAAUUGAGGCACAAAUGGGAAAACUUAAACAAAGAUCAGAACACCAAGCUGCAGCUCUCACUCACCUCUCUGGAACACGACCAGCUCAGCCCGGUCCUUCACCGCUCCCGUCUGUCUAGCCCCAGUGUUGCGUUCAGGGGGGAAGCAACCAACCAGAGCCCUCACCCUCCUGGUUCACUGUUUGAAGCCUGCAGCCAGACCCUGGAAAGAAUCAAUGAAGAAACGGUGGGUAGUGACUGCAAGCUGGCAGCUUCUUUUGGAGGCACUGUCCAGCUGGACCUGUACACUGCAGUAUCAGCAGCGUCCUGCUGGUUAGACACUGCUGAGAAUCACCUCCUCUCUGGUCCUGUGCUGCUGUCUGAGGAUGCAGAAUCUCAACUCACAAAACUAGAGGGUCUUAAUAAACAGCUGAAGGAGAUGAACAGUGAGGUGAACCAGUGCAGGGACCUGCUGGCAGGAGGAGCUGGUCGACUCUGUGGAAGAGAUGAGCAAACCCUGAUGGAGGAUGCUCUUGAGGGUCUGCAGGAGAGGAUGGGCCUUCUUGACUCUGCUCUGGAACAACACUGUGACAGCAUGAAGGACCGGCUGCAGGAGCACUCAACUUUUCAGAAUGAGCUGAGGAUGCUGUUCACAGCUUUGACUGAAAGUAAACAUCAGUUGCUGGAGAAGAUGGCUGCGAUGGCAGACAGACCUGCCUCCAAACAGCUGGAGACAUUAUCUGAGGUCGAGGAUAGCCUGAGGGAAUUUGAGCAAAGAGUGACUGAACUGCGAGGCAAAGCAGAAGGGCUGCAGUCAGACCAAGCUUCCAACCAGGACUUACUCAAACUACAAGACGCAUAUGAGGAGCUUGCUCUCAUGGUGGGGUCACGACGGAGUAGCCUGAACCAUGGCUUGUCUCUGAAGGCUCAGUAUGAGGCUGCACUUCGAGACCUCGCUGACCUUGUGGACACUGCUCAGGACAAGAUGGCAGCUGACCAAAAGAUGACAGUUCCUUCUGUUAUAGAGGUCCAGAUGUUACUGGACAAACACAAAGAGUUUUUCCAAGGCCUCGAGUGCCAUAUGAUCCUUACACAGACAUUUUACAGUAAAGUGUCUGGUCUGGUGGCGCAGAGGGAAAGUCAAUUGUUGGAGGAAACCAUGACAUUAGCCCACAAUGUGCUCAAACAAGCCCACAGGAGGGGUGUGGAGCUGGAAGGUAUUCUAGAGUCAUGGAGCAGGUUUGUGGAGGACUAUCAGGCUCUCUGUAGACAGCUAGAAGCUGUGGAGAGUAGCAUCCCCACCGUCAGUUUGGUUGAGGAAACAGAGGAGAGACUUAUUGAAAGGAUCAGCCUCUACCAAGGCUUGAAGGCUAGUCUGACAGAGCAUCAACCACAACUCUACCAGGUUCUGGAGGAGGGUAAGAGGCUUCUUCUGUCUGUUAGCUGCUCAGACUUGGAGAACCAGCUGACACAGCUGGGGGAACACUGGCUGUCCUCCACCACUAAAGUCAACAAGGAGCUGCACCGACUUGACUCAACGCUUAAACACUGGAGCAGAUACAAGAGUGAGUCAGCAGAGCUGAGCCACUGGUUGCAGUCUGCUCUGGAUAGACUGGAGUUCUGGACAACCCAGUCAGUAACAGUGCCUCAGGAGCUGGAGACAGUCAGAGAUCACCUCUAUGCCUUCCUGGAAUUUUCCAAAGAGGUGGAUGCCAAGUCAUCUUUGAGAUCAUCUGUGCUUAGCACAGGCAACCAGCUUCUGCGCUUGAAAAGAGUGGACACAGCCGGCCUCAGGACAGCCCUUGGCCAAAUUGACACUCAGUGGGCUGAACUGCUCACUCGGAUCCCUGUAGUUCAAGAGAAGCUGCACCAGCUGCAAAUGGAGAAGCUGGCAUCACGACAUGCCAUUACAGAGCUGAUGAGCUGGAUCUCUCUGAUGGAGAACAUCAUUAAGGAAGACCAGGACAAGUUCAUGGGAGCUGUUGGCUCGGAGGUGGUUCAGAAUUUUUUGCAGAAGUACAAGGGUUUCCGGAUAGAUCUGACCUGUAAGCAGUUAACUGUGGACUUUGUGAACCAGUCAGUGCUGCAGAUCAGUAGUCAGGAUGUGGAGGGAAAGAGGAGCGACAAAACAGACUUUGCGGAGAAGUUGGGAGCUAUGAAUAGAAGAUGGCAGAUAUUACAGGGGCUAAUUGCAGAAAAGAUUCAGCUUUUGGAAGGACUUUUAGAAGGUUGGUUAGAGUAUGAAAACGGAGUCCAAACAUUGAAAACCUGGCUCACGCUGCAAGAGGAGAAAUUAAAGAAGAGACACAGGAUAGAGGAUGUAGCAUCAGUGCACAAUGCACUUAAGGAUUGUCAGGAGUUGGAAGAAUUAGUAAGGGAGAAAGAGAAAGAUCUGGAGAAAGCAGAAGAAAGAGGAAAUGCUUUAAUGCGGGAUAAGAAAGGAGCAGCCUGCUCUGUAGUGAAGGAGACCCUAAAGGGACUGAGCCAGUCCUGGGCACAUUUGGACCACAUGAUAAGUCAGAUGAAGGUCAGCCUGCGGUCAAUGCUGGAACAGUGGACGUUGUACCGGCGGGCUUCGGAGGAGAUCAAUGGUUACCUGAUGGAGGGGAGGUAUUCCGUCUCUAGACUACACCUCCUUAAUGGGUCUUUAGAGGCAGUGCAGCAGCAGGUGGAGAGUCUUGAGAGCCUGCAGGAGGAGAUGGACAAACAGGAAAGCAGCCUAAGGAAGUUUGGCUCUGUAACUCACCAGCUGCUGACUGAGUGUCACCCCUCAGUCGCCGAGACGCUCAACAGAGCACUCCGUGAUGUCAAUAUCAGGUGGAAUCACCUACUUGAGCAGAUCUCAGAGCAGCUGAGGAGCAGUAAGGCUUUGUUGGCACUGUGGCAGCGCUACAGGUCGCUGUACAGCCAAUGUGCUGCACUAGUUCAGAAGCAGGAAGAGCGCGCCGAUCACCUGCUGAGGAGCGCCACUGACAGGGAAAUUACAGAGGAGGAGAGCUGCACCUGGAUGAACGACUGCAGCGACUGCCUCAGCAAGCAAGACUCAGUGCAGGAGUCCCUUCAACAGCUGCAUGCAUUAGGGGAGCAGCUGAGGAGUCAAGUCGACGCCUCCUCCUCGGCAUCCCUCCAGUUCGACCACCUGUCACUCACCCAUCGCCUGGCAACACUGAAGCACGGCCUUCACAGGCAGCAAGAAGUACUGCAGUGUGGAUCUCAGGCCUGUGAGCGUUUCAGAGAGCAGCUGGACUCGCUGAUCUGUAAUGCUGAGGAGGCAGCGGAGGUGCUGAAAGAGGCUGAUCCAGUGGGUUCACCAGAGCUGAGUGUGGUGCAGACACGUAUGGAAAAACUCAAGGUACAUCUGCUAAAGCUGAGCAGUCUGUCUCCAGACCUGGAACGUGUUAAUGAGCUGGUGUACAGGCUUCCAGUCAGUGACAGAGAUGUUAAAAGACUCCAAAAUCUCAACCGAGGCUGGGCCUCUCACACUGCUCACCUCACUGAGAGAUUCAGUAAACUGCAGUCAGUGUUGCUCCAGCAGCAGAGUUUCCUCCAGAAGUGUGAGUCCUGGAUGGAUUUCCUGUCCCAGACUGAACAGAAAUUAGCUGCUGAGAUCUCAGGAAACUAUGAGAGUCUGCUGGAGCAACAGAGAGACCAUGAGCUGUUCCAGGCAGAGAUGUUCAGCAGGCAACAGAUUCUUUACUCCAUCAUCACUGAUGGGCAUCUUUUGUUGGACCAGGGGCAAGUGGAUGACAGUAACAGUGACGACUUUAGUGUGAAUCUGGCCUUGCUGAGCAAUCAGUGGCAAUGUGUGGUGCGACGUGCCCAGCAGCGUAGAGGCAUCAUUGAUAGUCUAGUCCACCAGUGGCAAAACUAUCAAGAGAUGUCAGAGAAACUACGUCGGUGGCUACACGAAGUGACCCGCAAUCCAGAUGUGCAUCAGCCAGGAGAAGCAGUGGCUCUACAGCAGGCUAGAAACCUGUUAGGUCAAAUACAGCUGAGGGAGCGAGUGCUUCAAAGGCAGCAAGGAGUCUACAUCCUGACCGUGGAGGCCGGCAGGAGCCUGCUGCUGUCAGCUGAUGCUCAGGCCGAGUCCACACUGCAGACAGAGCUGAUGGAGAUUCAGGAGAGGUGGAGGCACGCCCACCACCGCUUGGAUCAGCAGAGGAAGGAGCUGCAUGGCUUGCUGAAGAAUUGGGAGAAAUGCGAGAAGGGCAUAGAUGUGUCACUGGAGAAGCUGAGGACCUUUAAGAGAAAGCUGUCUGUGCUGCUGCCUGACCACCACGAGGAGCUACACACAGAGCAAAUUAGAUGCAAGGAGCUGGAGAGCAGUGUGGAAAGCUGGACUGAUGACCUCACUUCCUUGUUCCUGCUGAGGGAUUCCUUGGAGGGUGUGGUCAGUGCAGAUGACAUCACAGUUCUACAGGAGCGACUCCAGCUGCUCCAGCGCCAGUGGGAGGAGAUUUGCCAUCAGCUUUCCCUACGAAGGCAGCAGGUUAGUGAGAAGUUGAAUGAGUGGGCUGUUUUCAAUGAGAAGAACAAGGAGCUAUGCGAGUGGCUCACGCAGAUGGAGAGCAAAGUCUCCCAGAAUGGGGACAUCAGUAUUGAAGAGAUGAUUGAAAAGUUACGCAAGGACUACCAAGAGGAGAUCGGUGUCGCUCAGGAGAACAAGCAGCAGCUGCAGGUGAUGGGUGAGCGACUGGCAAGGGCCAGCCAGGACAGCAAGGCGGCCGAGAUCCAGCACAAACUCAAUAAAGUCAGCGAGCGCUGGCAACACCUGCUUGACCUCAUUGCAGCAAGGGUGAAGAAAUUGCGGGAGACGCUGGUGGCUGUGCAGCAGUUAGACAAAAACAUGAGCGUUCUGCGUUCUUGGCUCUCUCACAUCGAGGCUGAGCUCUCCAGGCCCAUUGUUUACGAUGCCUGUGAUGACCAGGAGAUUCAGAGGAAACUCAACCAACAACAGGCAGGGAGCCACACGCACACACCGACUGCGUUGUAUGUGUUUUUAUGUGAGGGCGAGGAGCUGCAGCGGGACAUAGAGAAACACAGCACAGGUGUGGCUUCGGUGUUGAACCUGUGUGAAGUCCUACUACAUGACUGCGAUGCCUGUUCUACAGAAACAGAGUGCGACUCAAUCCAGCAGGCCACCAGAGGGCUGGACAGACGCUGGAGAAACAUUUGUGCCAUGUCCAUGGAAAGGAGGCUCAAGAUUGAAGAGACUUGGAGGUUGUGGCAGAAGUUUCUGGAUGAUUACUCCAGGUUCGAGGAUUGGCUGAAGACCUCAGAAAAAACAGCCGCUCUACCCAACUCCUCUGGAGUUCUUUAUACAGUCGCUAAAGAGGAGCUCAAGAAGUUUGAGGCCUUCCAGCGUCAGGUGCAGGAAUGCCUGACCCAGUUGGAGCUCAUCAACAAGCAGUACCGUCGUCUGGCCCGGGAGAACCGCACUGACUCCUCUUGUCGUCUCAGAGAGAUGGUGCAUAAUGGGAACAGGCGGUGGGAUAACCUGCAGAAGAGGGUAGCUGCCAUCCUGCGCAGACUCAAGCAUUUCAUUGGCCAGAGGGAGGAAUUUGAAACGGCACGAGACAGCAUCCUGGUGUGGCUCACUGAGAUGGACCUUCAGUUGACCAACAUAGAGCACUUCUCUGAGUGUGAUGUACAGGCAAAAAUUAAACAACUCCGGGCUUUCCAGCAGGAGAUCUACCUAAACACAGCAAAGAUUGAGCUGGUGUUUAGGCAAGGCGAAGCUCUGAUUGAAAAGAGCGAACCUCUGGACGCUGCUGUGAUCGAGGAAGAGCUCGAGGAGCUGCAACGAUACUGCCAGGAGGUGUUUGGACGAGUGGACAGAUAUUACAAGAAGCUCACACGACUGCCUCUGGUGGAUGAUGAGCUGGAUGGCUCGGAUAGAGAGCUAGACAUGGAAGAAGGUGGAGAGCUCUCUGAGCUGCAGUGGAGUGACUCCUCUGUGCCACGGACGUCCAGCCGUCCUGCCUCAGGUGCCGCUGCCCUCAUCCGAGCCGACCGCUCAGGCCGAGAUACUCCAGCCAGCGUGGACUCCAUCCCCUUGGAGUGGGACCACGACUAUGACCUGAGCCGAGGCCUGGAUAGCCCUGGAGGACGAGGCAGUGGGGAGAGGAGCAGAGGACAAGAACAGGAAGAUGAGUAUCUGAGGACGGCUACCACAGUGCUGUCAGAUGUAGUUAUCCCAGAGAGCCCAGAGGCCUAUAUAAAACUGACUGAGAACACACUGAAAACAUCCUCUGGAGAGCCAGGUCAGCUGGAGGCCAGUCUUCGACAGCUGGACCAGGCUUUGGAUGCAGGACGCUACCACCUCCAGCAGAGAGAGGCUUCCAUCAGCCCAGACAUAGACUCCACAUACAUGGGCUACAUGCGUCUGAUGGGAGAGUGUCGCGGCAGCAUAAACGCUGUGAAGAAGGCAGAGGAAGAGCUGACCGAGGACGAAGAUGAAAUUCCAGGACUGACCAACCCCACCAGCACGGAUGCGCAGAGUGCUGGGGUGAUAGAGCGCUGGGAGCUGAUCCAAGCUCAGUCUCUUAGCGAGAAGCACAGACACAAGCAGAACUUGCAGCAGUGGCAGCAGCUGAUCUCAGAUCUGCAGAAUAUGAGGUCCUGGCUGGGUCAGUCGGAGGCUGAACUCGGACAGCUGCGAGGGCUUAAUCUCAGCACGGACAUACACACCAUCCAGCAGAGAAUCAAGAAGCUUAAGGAGCUGCAGAGGGGGGUGGACGCACACAAGUCAGAGGUUUUGUCCAUCAACCUGAGCAGUGCAGACCUUCUCCAGUCAGAGCCUGACUCUGAGGAGGCGUGGGAGCUGCGGGACCGGCUGAAGGAGAUGAACUUGUGCUGGGAUCGCCUCUGUGCCUCACUGGAGGACUGGAGGGAGGAGCUGCAGAGGGCACUGAUGCAGUGCCAGGAGUUUCAUGAGAUGAGCCAUGGUCUGCUGCUGUGGCUGGAGAACAUCGACCGGAGGAGGAACGAAGUAGUGCCCAUCCCCCUCAAAGCUGAUCUGGAAACUUUAAGAGCUCAUCACAGGACGCUGACGGUACGCCAGCAAAUCAAACGUGAGCUGGUGGACUCGCAGCAGAAAGUGUCGUCCCUUCAGGAGCUUUCAACUCAGCUGCUGGUCGACACUAAAUCUCAGACUGUGCCACUGCAGUCACAGACCUCAGAGAAGACCCAGCCUCGAGGCAGCGAGUGUCUGGAGGCACAGGAGAAGGUUCAUGUCAUCUGGAACCGGAUGAGAUUGCUUCAGAGGGAGGUCACUUUAGAUCUGGAGGCGCUGGAGAAGAGACUGGAGGCCAUGACCUCCAAGCAGGUUUGUUUACCUGCCCCACUAAGCAGAUCAGAGGUGCAUGGAUCCUCUGGAUCUGGACUAGGAGUGAACCCCCCAAAACGCAAAAGACUGCCCAGAGGCAAAAGUAGUCAGGCCCACCCGGGACCCCCUGAAAGCAGCCCGCGCCACAGCCGGAGCAGAUCAGGCGCCGCUGGAUGCGGUUCCUCCCGUUCUGACCUUCCGGUCGGUGUCUCCCCCUCCCCCAACUCCUCCUCCUCCUCCUCCUCCUCCUCAAAGGACCAGUCCUUCCUGCUUCGGGUCUUUAGGGCUGCACUCCCCGUCCAAUUGUUCCUGCUCUUCCUCAUUGGCCUGGCCUGCCUGGUGCCCAUGACGGAGGAGGACUACAGCUGCCACCACGCCAACAAUUUUGCCCGCUCCUUCCACCCAAUGCUGCGCUACACCAAUGGGCCUCCGCCCAUAUGAGGAGCUUGGCAGUUCUGACCUAUUUUCACUGCUUUGCCAAGGACACCACUGACUCCUGUGAAUGUUUCCUCUUCACCCUGUGCCCUAAAGCAACUAAAUCUUCCCCUGCUGGAGGGUCCCUUGCAUAUGAAGUAACGGAGAGAUUAGCUGAAGACCUCUCACCCAGCACACCCACUCCUGAAAUCACCUCAGCCCUUUAAAGACGUUCCAGAAUAGACGGACCUUCACCAUGAGAGCCAUUCUCCUCAGUCCAAAUGUUUGUGGUUUUAACUUAAAUGCAUAUAUUAUUUUUUAGGUUUCCAUGGAAGCCUUUGAAAUCAAUGAAAAACAAAACACUAUUUAUAUACUGUAUGUUGGGAGCCAAAGUCAGCUGUGCUUUUUGUCUAUGAUAUCCAGUGCUGCUGCUAUUUUAUUUAGAGUUCAAUCAGCUAAUGGCUUGUUAGCACUGAUGAAGCUAAACCACAGCCAUGGCUGUGGGAUAUUGUACCUGUAAAUAGUAGAGUAGGUUUGCAGUUUGAGUAGCAAUCAUUCACAGACUUAGGUGUGAAAAGUUUCAUUCCAAAAUGACACAUUUGAAGAUCUGCUCAGACAGAAUGACUGAAAGAGCACAGAAAACCAUCAGUCGGAUGAGGUGUAGCUUAGUUUAUUAGAUUUUUUUUCUUCUUGUUUUAAAAAAAUCCUGCCUGUGUUAGGAAAUGAAGUCUUUACAAAUAGCUAAAGCUAAAAGCUAAACUCAAAGCACUGUCAAAGGUACUGCACUGAAGCCCUCCAGUCGAGAUGGCAAACUUCUUACCCUAAAGGCCAGCGCUUGUGUUCCUGUUUUUGAUUUCAGUGUUAAAUUUGGGGGAGGACUAUGAAAAUGCUCUCUCCAGAUUUAAAAACAAAAAGCUGCUUUGUGUAUUAUUGUUCGAAAUGCCUUUGAAUACAAGCAGUAAUUUUUCUCUUUGUUUUUGAGCAUGCGCUUUUUAAGAAAGCCAAACAAUCACUGGUAGUGUAGAAGACUUCUGUGACAAGAGACAGUAUGCUCUGUAAUAACUGCGAUAAUUAUUCUGUGCUGAUCCGAAUCACGGCAUUGUUAGAACAGAAUCUGUAAAAAAAUUAAUAUGAAAAUGGUUAUUUAUGUAUGUACAGUUUGCUAAUUCAUGAAGAUUACUCUUUGCAAAUAAUAAAACAUUAAGUAUUUAAUUGUC